AUGGGUAAAAAAGGCGAUCUUUCACCACGGAUAAAAACUGAAGUAAAGGCCCUCGUGAAUGCUAAAAUAUUUUCUAACCGCGAAAUAUCACGAAUAUUAAAGGUCUCCGAAGCUAGAGUACGACGCAUAAAUAAUAAAAUUGAGUCUGGGGAGGAAAUGAGCCCGAAACGAAAGAACAUUUGCGGCAGAAAGCCUAUUUUUACUCCCAGGACAGAAAGAUGUUUAAAGAAAAUUUGCCUGGAAAACAGAUUUGCAAGCACAAAACUGAUUAAAUCGCAAUUCCAAGAUUCUAAUGUGAAUUUUUGUGAGCGCACUGUUCGAAGAAAAGAUUUAGAUUUUAGAACCUGCCGGCCCGCCAGGAAGCCCAAGUUAACAGUUACAAUGAAAGCAAAGCGUCUGAAGUGGGCCAAACAGUGGCGUGAUAAAGAUGAGGACUUCUGGAGAUCAGUAAAUUGGUAUAAUAUGAUUUUCUACAACAUUUAA